AUGGCCGCCAUCAACGUCAUCUGGGUUCCCAUAGUCUUCAUCUGUGCCCUUUGUCGUCCACAUACUCCUCCGUCCCCAGCCGCCAUCAUGGUGAAGCUUGCAAAAGCCAGGGAAAAUCAAAGUGAUUCCAAGAAGCUGGCUCCUGCCCCCAAGGAGGUAGAAGAAGACAGUGAGGAUGCAGAACUGUCAGAAGAUGAAGAGGAAGAAGAAAGCAGUGGAGAAGAGGUUGUCAGUCCUCAGAAAAAAGGUCAAGAAGAAUACCACACUGCCAUCAAAGAAGGUGGUGGUUUCCCCCACAAAGAAGGUUGGAUUUGGUCUAGGGAGUCCCAAAAAGAGAUCGAGAAGGAGAGAGAAGUAUUCCGUCAGAGAACUGCUGAUUUCCAGAGAGAUCUUGAGGCCAAGUACCACACCAUGAUCUCAGAAAACCGCCGGGCUGUCGCACAGCUGUCUUUGGAACUUGAAAAGGAGCAAAACAGAACCACUAGUUACCGGGAAGCCCUUAUCUCUCAGGGCCGCAAGCUGGUAGAAGAAAAGAAACUUCUGGAACAGGAACGCGCUCGGGUCAUGCAAGAGAAGAGGCAGUUGCAGCCCUUGAGAAGCGUCUACCAGAGCUGCCUGGAGGAGGAAGAAGACUGGCAGAGGAGAGCCCGGCUUCUGCUGAAGGACUUUGAAGAGGCGCUGACGGAGAGACAGAGCAUCUACUGUAGCCUGGUGUUCCCCCGCACCAAACGGUGGGACCUGGAGAAGAGCCUGCUGGUCCGCGCGUCUGUUGACCCCGUGGCUGCUGACCUGCAGAUGGUGACUGGUCUGACUGACAUAUUUAAACACGACACGUACUGUGCGGACGUCUGGAACUCCAACAGACGCCGGAACGGCAGGCUCAUGUGGCUGUACCUCAAGUAUUGGGAGCUGGUUGUGGAACUGAGAAAGUUUCAGAGAGUGGAGAAAGCCAUACUGGAGAAGUGA